AGGGGCGGGGCUCGCGCGCGGCUCAGCGGGCACGCCCCCCAGCUCGCAGCCCCCUCCGCGCUCUCUCCGUCGCCUCCUCUCGCUCCCCGGUCAGAGGGCCGGAGCGAGAAGAUGGCGAAGACGUACGACUAUCUGUUCAAGCUGCUGCUGAUCGGCGACUCGGGCGUGGGCAAAACCUGCCUCCUGUUCCGCUUCUCCGAGGACGCCUUCAACACCACCUUCAUCUCCACCAUCGGAAUUGAUUUUAAAAUCAGAACGAUAGAACUAGAUGGAAAGAAAAUUAAGCUUCAGAUAUGGGACACAGCAGGUCAGGAAAGAUUCCGAACAAUCACAACCGCUUACUAUAGAGGAGCCAUGGGGAUUAUGCUGGUGUAUGACAUCACAAAUGAAAAAUCCUUCGACAAUAUUAAGAACUGGAUAAGAAACAUUGAAGAGCAUGCUUCUUCAGAUGUUGAAAGAAUGAUCCUGGGUAACAAAUGUGAUAUGAAUGACAAAAGACAAGUGUCAAAAGAAAGAGGGGAGAAGUUAGCAAUUGACUAUGGGAUUAAAUUCUUGGAGACAAGUGCAAAAUCCAGUACAAAUGUAGAAGAGGCAUUUUUUACACUUGCACGAGAUAUAAUGACAAAACUCAACAGAAAGAUGAAUGACAGCAAUUCAUCAGGGGCAGGUGGGCCCGUGAAAAUAACAGAGAACCGAUCCAAGAAGACCAGCUUCUUCCGCUGCUCACUGCUUUGAUGAACUCUUUCUUUCUGAGAGACUGCGGCACACCUAGAGGGUCCUUUCCUGCUUCUCUGAAAGCACAGGUCCCCCAGCCUCAGAGUCACCCCGCCCAGCUGCUGCGGAGAGCACCACUGAACUUAGACUUCUCGACACAGAACACCAAGUGGAUUUCAGCCUUGUGGCCUCAAAACAGAACAGGCUUCUUUCUUCAAACACAGAAGCGAUGACAUGGAGACACACGCAGGACCUAACUGAUUUUUCCUUUCUUUACUGCCUGCUGCAGAAGCUGCUAUCUUUCUUUUCCACUUUGCACAUCGUUAGCCUUUCCCUCUGACAGUGCGAUCUUAGACUCCUAUCUGGCACUUUUCUGUCAGGAAGCUGUAGACAAAUAUGUACACUUGGGAUGUUUAAAAAACAAUAAAACAUUAAGCAGAGGUUGAUAUAUUAAAGUUAAAAGACAGUUUUAAGAAUUCAUUGAAAGGCCCAUUUAGUCAUCAGAGGCCACAGUAUCUAUUUCUUCAGAUUGUUGAGUUUUAUUUCAUUUCUGAUUUUUUUUUUUGUCAUCACCUGAGUAGCUGAAUGAAUUGCUUUUUAAAUGUAUUACCUCUGCCUAAUCAAUAGAAACUGUAUUUGGAAAUACUAUUAUAUAAUAAUGUCACUUUUCCUGGGGUUUGUAUUUGCUAUGCUUUCUCAUGUGUGGCAUGUUUUACUUAGUUAUGUAAAACUAAUAACACAUUGGAACAUUGCUGUUUCUAUUUCUGAACUUCUUCAACUGAAAUUUUGCAUAGGUAGAAUUGUAUCAUUUAGUUUUAUUUCAGCAUCACAUCAGAAUAUAUAUUUUUUCUUAGGUUCACCCCUUAGCUUGUUGGUUUUGUUGUAAUAUCUGAUUUCUACCAUAAUCCCCAUCUGUAAGAGUGAAGAAAAGUUAGAUUUAGAUUUUAGUUAGCAGAAACCAUAUCUAUAGGGAGAAGGAUUAACUUGUCGAUGUAAAUUUAAGAGAUAGUCAUAAUGAUGGUGAAAAUAAUGAUCUUUGGGUCUGUUUUUUUUUAAAAAUAAAAGUACAUGGACUUAGAACACCCCCUAGGAAAAGUCUUGCCUUUUUAUUAGAGAAAAUAUGACCAGCAUUUCAGUUUUAAAACAGCCCUUAUUGAAUAUAUAGUGCCCAGCUUCAUCUAUUUAGGUGCAUUGUGACAGAACUUUGUCCAGUCAUUUGGGCUGAAGCCUUUCUCCCCAAACACUGAUACUGGUAUUCCUAUUGUAUAUGAAACCAUCACAUUUUUUUAAAAAAGUAUUUAGUGUCAAUUUAUGUGCCAAAUUCAGAUUGUAAUGUCAUUGUUGUUAUUGUAGCUUUCAGUGUCAUAACACAGAAGGGAAUAGGAAAGAGGUGACUAAGAAUAUGAAUUCUGUUAUAAUUAAUCUUUCUGUCAUGCUUGCCAAGACUGCUCUCAUGCUAGGUAGUUAAGAACAGAAGGUGGAAGUGGAAAUGAUGGAAUGCUUGUUACCACAAGGAUUUCUGCUUCAAAUUAGGAUCUGUUGUUUAAAUGCUUGGAUCAGUCAGCCUUUAGUACUUCUUUUAAAACUUAGAAACAAUUUAGGGGCCACAUGUAUGCCAGAGCUUUUUUUUUUUUUUGGUACCGGGGAUUGAACUCAGGACCUUGUGCUUGUGCUUGUGAGGCAGGCGGCAGAACCACUGAGCUAAAUCCCCAGCCCUGCCAGAGUUAUUUUUGAUGGUUACACUAAACUUGCUGUUGACAAGUUUCAGGCUCCUUGAUUUUGUUUGUUUGUUUUAUUAAUUACAGGUAAGCUUAAAGUCACUCAUUGCUGUCCCAGUAUAAUCAGUAGUUCCAGGGUUGCGAGUUGAGUAUAAGUCUGCCAUCUUCAGAUUAGGUACACAUAUGAAAAGAAAAAGUAAUUUCUUGGAAACAUCUUGUGUAAUUAUCCCGGGGAAAAAUACAAGCAAUUAAGCUUUCUGGGUGGUAAUAAAGUACUUUCUAAAGGGCAAGUGCUAUGACACCAUGUAUGAAUGUAAUUCUCUUAGUAUUUUACCUCUGACUAUUUGGUGUCUUAACACUUUGGUUUCUAUCUCAGGGGUUGUCUGCAAACCAAAACUGACACAUUCUGUGGUUAGUCUUUUUUUUUUUUUUUAACAAUGCUUUGCUUUUAUUAUAUUUCUUCACUCUCCUUUUGUCUUCUGUAGGUAUAACUAGUCUCCAUGAACUUCUCUUUGAAAGAGCCUGUAAAAGUUAGAUGUCUAAAAGUGCUCUUUGAAGUAGCAGCACACUGGGAGUAUACACUCUGUUAUAUAGAAAUAAAAUUGUCCUUGCUAUUUUCUUACAUUUAGCUUUGCUAAAUUGUAUAUAAUUUGAGCUAAGACCAUAGGAAAUUUACUUUCUGCAUGGUAAAAUGACCCAAUAAAUAUUCCAUUUUGCUUAAUAAUGUACAUAUAGUGCAUUAUUUUUUCUAUUUGUAGAUGGAUUUAGUGACAUAACUGUUCCCUGCUGAAACUGAAGAAAUCUAGUUUUUUUGUGAACAUUUUUGUGGUUUUAUGGAUAAAGGUACAUAAAGAUUUUUGCAGCAGUGUUAUGGUGGCUCAGUGGCUGCACUUUAUGUGCUAAGUUUUGAUGAUUGGACUAGACCUUUUCAAAUAUAGAGUUUGAGGGUAUCAGACAAUGAAAAUGUGCUGUAACUAAGUAGCAUGAAAAUCGGUUGAUUGUAAAAUGUUUCUCUGGGAACUUAUUUUAGCUACAUUUUACUUCAGACAGAUUGUGACUAAAUAAUCCACUUGUGCAUCAGUUAGUAGACGCUGCAGGGUUUCUUACUAUUUACAUGAACACUUUGUGCAGUCUUUGUUAUAAAUUUUCAGAAGACUAUACUCUUUACUUUGAAGGACUUUUUAAAUUAUACCUCAUUUAGCUAACUAGUAUUCUAAUAUCUGGUAUAAAAACAGUGAGCCAGCCUUUAAGCAUCAACACAAUUUAGAUUAUAUGUUUUGUUUUGAAUUGAAGGCAUCCUUGGAAAAAGGUAGGUGAUAUUUUCAUUUAUAGUAAAACAUAUAUGUUAUUCCAACAGUGUAAAAAAAAGUAUUAUCUCCCUGCCCCAUUAAUAAAUUUAGCCGUGCAAUAUAGA